AUGCAAACGGGUUCAUCUCUGGGACCAGUUACAGAUACACAUCAGCAGCUACUUGUAAAUUUGUUUGAAUGCCCAGUUUGUUUUGAUUAUGCUUUACCACCCAUAUUACAAUGUCAAAGUGGUCAUAUUGUGUGCACUCAAUGUCGUCAAAAACUAUCAUCUUGUCCUACGUGUCGCGGUCCAUUAGGUAACAUUCGAAAUUUGGGUAUGGAAAAAGUGGCAGAUACCAUCCUGUUCCCAUGUAAAUAUCAAACAAACGGGUGUUUAGCGAACCUGAUACAUAAACACAAGUUAGAACACGAAGAUACAUGUGAUUUCAGACCGUAUUUAUGUCCGUGUCCUGGAGCAUCGUGUAAGUGGCAAGGAUCAUUAGAACAUGUUAUGCAACACUUAUGGUUAACUCACAAGUCAAUCACCACACUCCAAGGAGAAGAUAUUGUUUUUCUGGCAACAGACAUUAAUCUUCCAGGAGCAGUGGACUGGGUUAUGAUGCAAUCUUGUUUUGGCCAUCAUUUUAUGUUAGUAUUGGAAAAGCAAGAAAAAUAUGAGGGAAGUCAGCAAUUUUUUGCCAUUGUGCAAUUAAUUGGCACGAGACAACAAGCAGAAAAAUUUGUUUAUCGCUUAGAAUUAAAUGGUAGUAAAAAACGUUUGACAUGGGAAGCAACUCCACGAGUAAAUUACUCACUUUUCUUAAUUUCUCUCAGUUGUUUUUAUUUCUGGAUGUUUUAGUCUAUACAUGAUGGCAUUCAAAAUGCAAUUAUGAACAGUGAUUGUCUUGUAUUUUCGUUCGAGAGUGCAUCAUUAUUUGCUGAAAAUGGAAACUUAGGUAUAAACGUCACGAUAUCCAUUACUUAACACUGAUAGCUGUUCUCUUUCUUUUUUAUAUGUCUUAUGUAUCUGGUUAUAGAAAAAAAGAACUUAAUUGUUGUUUUUACUCGAAUGUCUGUCUUUCUUGUUGUUUUCUGAAAAUAGACAUAUUUAAAAAAUGAAACUGGAAAAUUAUAUAUCAUUGCAACUAAUCUACGGACGGAAAGGCAGCGGGUGUUCCAAAAAACGUUUGCAAUAUUCUUUAUUUGCACACAUCUACCCAGAAAUAUGAUAAAAUUCUAAAAAUAUGAGACUAUGAAAAAAAUACUGCGAAUACGUAAUCUCGAGUACUUCAUAUUUUAAAAGACACGGGAAAAUAAAAAAAGAAGCAAAGUUCGCUCCUAGUCGCUUGUGAUGACAAAGAAUUUGAAAUCUUGUCAGUGAAUAGAGUUUUACGAGUGCUACAGAAUAGCUGUCUUCUCUUUUUGUAUAUCACAAGAUGGAAG